AUGGAGUAUUUGCUCCCGCUUACGCGCCCUUCGCUCCCACAGGAUAGUCUCCUGCAAUCGAGCUCAGAAAGCCUGCACCCUCCUGCAGAUGCAGCGUGGGGUGACCGCCGUGCUGGGGCUAGGAGCGCUUCGAGUUGGUUUUCUAGGAGAGGCCUUCCUAAUAACAUAGACGUAGAUGAUGAUGACGAAUCCGACACCUGGUGCUGCUGUGAGCCACUGAACAACACAGAAAGGAUCUUGGGAUGGCUCACGUGCUUCCUAGGAGGGCUUAUCCUUUCGGCAGUGUCGAUGGGCUCCUUCAACGAUAUGUUGCUGGGAAAAAAUAAUAAAUUCGCUGUCACGUACACUAUUGGCAACAUCAUUGGAUUGGCAGGGACUGCCUUUCUUGUUGGUGCCCUCGUAUGGAGGACCAUCAUGCUGGUGAGACGCAGUACUGCACAUAUCGGCUAUGGCGGUGGGCAACUCGCUGCCGGUCUCGUCAACGUUGAAGACUAUCACAGCAAGUCCGAAUAUGUCCGAAUUUUUUUUUAA